AUGACUUUUUGGGAUCACGAAGGUCUUACGGACAAUUCAUUCGAACAUGCGCCAGAUAAUACAGCUUUUCCAGCUCAGUCCUCGCGCACUGCGCCUCAAGGUAAAGAAAUCCCAAGCUCAAAGUCCCACAAGAAGCCUUGGUUCACGAGAAGUAUAGGGUUCACCUUCACUUCUGCACCGGCUACAGUCAUAUACGAAGGCUACAAGUUUUUCAAAGCGGACCCAAUCCCGGGCCAAGAGCCUUCAUGGACAAAAGUCGAGCGCACAAAAAUGCACAUGACACAAAGAGAUUUCUGCAGGAAGGUACAGAAACGAGCGAACAAAAUCUCGGCAGCACAACAAUACCAAUUCCUUUCUGGAAUUCGUCAGGCGCACGUCAAUCAAUUGAUUGCUGAGCUGCGACCACUCGACCCUAGUGUUGAAUGGAGCUGUGUAUAUGCUAAAGAGCGUGAGAAGCCAUCUAAAGCUCGCAAUAAUCAUCGUGAUGAUUAUGAAAUUGUCUCUAUGCAGAUAAUUUUGAUGAAGCGGCCUGUGGAGACAAAGACGCAUUUUAGAACGCCUAUGGGGGAUCUUGUGGACUUAGGUGUCCAUUUUGGAUCGCACCCAAAUAGGGCAAAAAUAAUUCGUGAAGAGGAGGAUCAUGAGGUGGAUCAAUCUUUACUUACUGCGUUUAGAGAUCGGUCUGUGCCUGCUUUCCCGACGACUCAGCGGAGUCAGAGAUCCCUGAGUAAUGAGGGUGCUGGACACCUUCGCGGAGCGCAGGAGCCUCUAGCUCGCCCUGCGACUGCUACUGCUAUCAGGCGAAGGCCGGAUAUAGACCAUGAUCAAACUUGGAGAGGCUUUGAGAACCAGGAAGCAAGGUCGCCAGAAUCUCAAAUGACAUCAGCCGCUCAAGAAGACGGCGAAGAGGAGGAGGAGGGCUAUGUCUCGGAAAAUAUUCAGGAAGAGGAUACAGCUCCACCGCACCAGACACCAACUAGUGAGACUUCCACUGUCGGAAGCCCAGGUAAUGUGAGCUGUUCUUGUCAGGAAUCUGCGGUCCCGCAGAAUUCGACAUUUGAUGCGAGACAGCACAGUCCCAGCCAGUACGACUUUGGCUUUAGGUCUCACUUCGAGCGAAGACCGCUUGUGCCGAAUGGCAAUGAUGAUAUCAGGCGGAAUUUGAGGAAUGAGCCUUGGUAUAACUCCUGUGCCAUACCUGCAAAAAGACAUCGGUCAUCAGUGUCAGAUGCUAGAAUGUGGGAAAAGAAAAUCCGCAUUCAGCAAAUGAACGAAGAGGAGAUGCGUGACCGGCUUCUAGAUUGUGAGGCCCGCAUUGAGCAAUGGGAGAAAAUCCUGCAGAAUCAGACACGGAUACUCGGGUUACAGAUGCGGAUUGAGGCCCCUCCGGGGCAGCGGUUUCAGCUAUAA